AUGGACGCUCGACCGAAAUUACACUCGGCUCAGUCCAGCAUGUCAUCCAUAGGAGGAUCACAAUGGACCAGACUGAGACCGUCCAGUCCGACUCGAUCAGAAACCACAACGGCAUCACGGGCGGACUUUACAAAUCCGCCACAUCUCUUGAUAUCAAGGGCAGAUUUAAGAAAGUCCAUAGCCGCUCUUGAAGAGUUAACGCAGCAAGCGAAAUCAUUUCGCCAAGCGUUGCUGACCGUCUCCAGAGCGACAUCUGCUCUUGCCUCGGCUCUAGAGGACUGUUCCCGAGUGAAAGGUUGUGACACCGCUUCAGAUGGUCUCAUGGCCUUGAGCGGCUUGAAACAUAUGAUGGGAGCCCAUCAGCAGCUAAUGGGCGACACGUUCUAUCGAGAGUUCGAGAUACCUCUUUUGGAAAAGCUAGACGACUAUCGAGCUGCAGUCACGGAACGUCAAGUUCAGUAUGAAAAGGCUUUGCAGGUCAAAUCAGCUUUGAUAAGGAAGACGGAACACGAUAAUAUCAGACACGGGCGGAAGAAGAGACGAGAUCUUCAGCAAUUUAGAGCCGCAUUGGUAGCGUUGCAGCAGCAAGUCGAUGAUCUGGAUGGUCUGAAAGGAUCACAUUACCAAGAAAUAUUGGAAGCGGAAGACGAAUUGUGGAGCGGGGUCUUGGCUAAGACUGUCUUUGUAGCACGAGCGGAGAUGGACGUGUACGACAAGAUUGCAUCCAAAUCCACGGACCCCUCGUUGGAGUCCUUGCUGAGCUCGAUUCCCGAUCCUUUCGAGUCUUGGGGUCCGCAGCGGGAAGAAGGGCAACUAUUCAGCGUUUUAUCUCCGUAUGCAUUCGAUGACCGCAUACGAAUAUGUUCUGCUAUUGAUCCCCUUUGUAUUGUAGUCUCGGAUUGA